AUGGAGAAGGGAGCCGGAGGGAAGUGGGGCAGCGGCUCCUUUAAACGAGUUUCCAUCAAACGCUCGGCAUCCAGUGCCUCCAAUAAGGCCCAGAAAGCGUGGAUCGAGAGGAUCUUUCAGAAGAGAGAAUGUAUUCACAUAUUCCCCAGCAAGGACCCUACAAGAUGUUCGUGUGGUCAGCUCAUAACGCAGCACGUGGUGAUCCCGCUGGGCGCUCUGACCAACAAGCUUUCGGAAGAGAACCAUCAGCUAGUCCAGAUCGACCCGCCCCAGCAGGAGAGGUGGUCUGUGGCCAAAAACACACAGACCUCCCCCACGGAUGCCUUUGGGACCAUCGACUUCCAGGGUGGAGGCCUCAUCAACAAGGCAAUGUACAUCAGAGUGUCCCAUGACUCUAAGCCAGACAAUCUGCUCCAACUGAUGGUGAAAGACUGGCAGCUGGAACUCCCCAACCUGCUCAUCUCCAUCCACGGAGGCCUGCAGAACUUUGACCUGCAGCCCAAACUCAAACAGGUUUUAGGGAAGGGACUCAUCAAGGCUGCAGUCACCACCGGAGCAUGGAUCUUCACUGGUGGAGUCAGCACUGGUGUGAUUCGUCACGUGGGGGAUGCCCUGAAGGACCACUCCUCUAAGUCCAGAGGGAAGGUAUGUGCCAUCGGUAUCGCUCCCUGGGGCAUCAUAGAGAACAAGGAGGACCUCAUCGGUAGAGAUGUAACACGGCCGUACCAGACCAUGUCCAACCCGCUGUCCAAGCUGUCUGUCCUGAACAACAGCCACUCCCACUUCAUCCUGGCCGACAACGGCACUACAGGGAAGUACGGAGCGGAGGUGAAGCUACGCCGCCAGCUGGAAAAACACAUCUCACUGCAGAAGAUCAACACACGCCUGGGCCAGGGGGUCCCGUUGGUGUGUCUGAUAGUAGAGGGAGGUCCUAAUGUCAUCUCCAUCACCCUGGAGAGUCUGAAGGAGGAACCUCCCGUCCCCGUGGUGGUCUGUGAUGGCAGCGGGAGGGCAUCGGACAUCAUGUCCUUCGCUCACAAAUACUGCGAGGAGGGAGGUCUGAUAACUGACGACGUGAGGGACCAGCUGCUGGUGACCAUACAGAAGACCUUCAACUAUAGUAAGAGCCAAUCACAGCAGAUCCUGCUCAUGGUCAUGGAGUGCAUGAAGAAGAAGGAGCUGAUAACAGUGUUUCGAAUGGGUUCUGAAGGACAGCAAGAUAUUGAAAUGGCCAUUCUGACUGCUUUAUUAAAAGGAACCAACGCCUCUGCCCCGGACCAACUGAGUCUAGCUCUGGCCUGGAACAGAGUGGACAUAGCACGCAACCAGAUCUUUGUCUACGGUCACCAUCUACCACCUGCCAGUGCCCUAGCUAACAGCAGUGGUACUGUAGCCACUACCACAGAGAGGCCGAAGAGUCCAGCCGCUGCCCCCAGGAACAAGGCCAAGGCCCGGGGGAAAAAGGGGAAGGGAGGGAAGGCAAAGCCUGAACCACCAGAGGAGACUGACCCCAGGAAGAUAGAACUACUGCGAUGGGUGAACUCUCUGGAGCAGGCCAUGAUGGAUGCCUUGGUGCUGGACAGGGUGGACUUUGUCAAGUUGCUGAUAGAGAACGGCGUCAACAUCCACCACUUCCUCACCAUUCCUCGCCUGGAGGAGCUGUACAACACGAGACUGGGUCCUGCUAACACGUUGCAUGUUGUGGUGAGAGAUGUCAAGAAGGGCAACCUCCCACCAGACUACCAGAUCACUCUGAUUGACAUUGGUCUGGUGAUGGAGUACCUGAUGGGUGGGGCUUACCGCUGUAACUACACCAGGAAGAACUUCAGGGCGCUUUACAACAACCUCUAUGGGCUGAAGAGGCCAAAAGCCUUGAAGAUGCUGGGGCUGGAGGACGACGAGCCGAGGGGAAAGAAGAAGAAAGGGAAGAAGAAGAAAGAGGAGGAGGUAGAGAUAGAUGUGGACGACCCUGAGGUCUGUCGCUUCACCUACCCCUUCCACGAGCUGAUGGUGUGGGCCGUUCUCAUGAAGCGCCAGAAGAUGGCGCUGUUUCUGUGGCAACGUGGGGAGGAGGCCAUGGCCAAGGCUCUGGUGGCCUGUAAGCUAUACACAGCCAUGGCUAAAGAGUCAUCUGAAAUGGUGGACGAUAUCGCCCAGGACCUGGACAACAACUCCAAGGAGUUUGGCCAGCUUGCCUACGAGCUCCUGGACCAGUCCUAUAAGCACGAUGAACAGGUGGCCAUGAAGCUGCUGACAUAUGAGCUGACCAACUGGAGCAACUCUACCUGUCUAAAGCUGGCCGUGGCCGCCAAGCACAGAGACUUCAUCGCCCACACCUGCAGUCAGAUGCUGCUGACCGACAUGUGGAUGGGAAAUCUGAGAAUGGGGAAGAACCCUGGGCUUAAGGUGAUUCUGGGCAUCAUAUUCCCUCCAUCAAUUCUGUUGCUGGUGGACUUCAAAGGAGAAGACCAGUCCUACACAGCUGACUCUGAAGAAGGGAAAGACAAGGACGAUGACGCUGGCAAGGAUGACGUUGUGUCAAGGAAGGGGGAUGAAGAGGAGGGCAGCAGUAAUGUCAGGAGGAAGCCUAUUGGACGGAGGAUCUAUGAGUUCUAUGAUGCCCCGUUCACCAAGUUCUGGUUCAACACCAUCUCCUACCUGGGCUACCUGAUGCUGUAUAACUACAUAAUCCUGGUGAAGAUGGAGCGAUGGCCAUCCAUCCAGGAGUGGACCGUCAUUGCCUACAUCCUAACGCUCGGCUUCGAGAAAGUCAGACAGAUCCUAAUGUCAGAGCCUGGGAAGCUGAAGCAGAAGAUCAACGUAUGGCUGCAAGAGGUCUGGAACAUCACUGACCUGGCAGCCAUCUCCACCUUCCUGGUUGGCCUUCUGCUGAGGCUGCAGAACGAACCCCUCCUGGGCAUCGGACGUGUCAUCUACUGCAUAGACAUCAUCUUCUGGUACAUCAGGGUGCUCGACAUCUUCGGGGUCAACAAGUACCUGGGACCCUAUGUCAUGAUGAUUGGGAAAAUGAUGAUCGACAUGCUGUACUUCGUGAUAAUCAUGUUGGUGGUGUUGAUGAGUUUCGGGGUGUCGCGGCAGGCCAUCUUGCACCCUGAUGAGGAGCCAACAUGGCGUUUGGCCAGAAACAUCUUCUACAUGCCCUACUGGAUGAUCUAUGGAGAGGUGUUUGCUGACUCGAUCGACCUCUAUGCAAUGGAAAUCAACCCGCCGUGUGGUGAGAACCUGUACGAUGAGGAUGGUAAGAAGCUGCCUCCAUGUAUCCCUGGAGCCUGGCUGACCCCAGCCAUCAUGGCCUGUUAUUUACUGGUGGCCAACAUCCUGCUGGUCAACCUGUUGAUUGCUGUCUUCAACAACACUUUUAUGGAGGUGAAGGCCAUCUCCAACCAGAUCUGGAAGUUCCAGAGAUAUCAGCUGAUUAUGAUCUUCCAUGACCGUCCGAUCCUCCCUCCGCCCCUCAUCGUGUUCAGUCACCUCUACCUCCUGUUCAGAAGCUUUCGCUGCACCAAGAAGAAUGAUGGAGAUCUGAAUGAGAAGGACAGAGGACUCAAGCUACGGCUAAACCCUGAAGAGCUGAAGGCUCUAUUUGAGUUUGAGGAGCAGUGUGUGGAGGAAUACUUCAGAGAGAAGGAAGACGAGCACCAUUCAUCCAGUGACCAGAGGAUCAAGGUCACAUCAGAACGGGUGGAGAACAUGUCCAUGCGUCUGGAGGAGGUGAAUGAGCGGGAGAACACCAUGAAGGCGUCCCUGCAGACAGUGGACCUUCGUCUGGCUCAGCUGGAAGACAUCCACAGCCGCAUGAUGAACGCCCUAGAGAAGCUGGCUGGGGUCGACCAUUCAGAGCUUAAACGCUCCCACUCCACACACUCCUCCUACUGCGACCCGUCCUCCCUGCUCCGAGCCAGCUCCAUCAACAGCGCUGACGGCUACAGCAUGUACCGCUUCCAGAUGGAUGUGGAGGAGGCUGAGAGGAAAGCCCAGCUUGGCAAUGAGAGGCAGGGCAGUGUACGGUCUCGCCUAGGGUCUGAGAGGCAGGGCAGCGUGCUGUCUCGUCUAGGGUCUGAAAGACAGGGCAGCGUACUGUCUCGUCUAGGGUCUGAAAGACAGGGCAGUGUCAGCAGAACAUCCAACCUGUCUGUAGGUCCGGAGAGACAGGGCAGUCUACAGAAAUUGUCUAGCGCAUCUACCCUGACUGUAGGCCGGGAGCGACAUGGCAGCCUACAAACCAGAGUUUCCAAGGACUACGGCCAGCCGUUAGACAUGGACAGAGCAGACAGAACACGGCCCAGCUCCUAUGUGGACAUCCUGAUCUCCCCAUGUGAACAAAGGGCUGAAGGGGAGACAGAUGGAGGAGAAACCAAGUCUGACAUACCUGAAGACAAAGUACCAGAUCCCACAGAUCCACUGGAUGCUGCAUUAGCUAAAGCAGGUCUACCAAGAGAGAAGACCAAGCUGGAGAAGUCUAGAUCUGUUAAAUGCUAUCCCAGCAACCCUGUGGAUCACUGCAUUACCUCUAGAAGCAGGGCUAAGAGCACUAUCCUCUACGACCAAACUGCUGCCAAUUGCGAGGCCCUCUGGGUUGCAGACUACAAUCCUAAACAGGAAUCCCCAGACAGUAGAGAUCCUCUGGAUAGUGCAUUAGCUAAAGAAGGUCUGCCAAGAGCAAUGUCCAAGCUGGUGGCAACCAUGUCCUCCCCAUUGGCGAAGUUUAUCCAUCCUAUCCCAUACUACCACACCACACCUCCAUUUACCCCUCGAUCCACUAGGACCAGGGCUAAAAGCAACAUCUCCCCAACCACAGCAAGGGAUGAGAGUGAGGCCCUCUGGGCUGCAGACUACAGAUCUGUAAUAGACCAGGUAUCCGAUGCUCCAGGCCAGUUGCCAGCCUGUUGGGAGUACAAGGUCCACCACAUCCACAUCGGACAGCAGCCCAAGGUCUCUGUGGUCAGGCCUCAUGGCCAGCUACCUGACACACAGAGAUUCUCUGAACCUGAAAAACUAGAGUCUAACAUGGUUCCUCUGAUUCCACCAGCUAUAGAGACUGAACUACUUAAACAGCAUUCUGACAUGGUUCAACAAGAUGCAUUGCUGGUUCCACCAGAGGCUUUGCUGGUUCCUCCAGACAUUAAGUUGUCACCUCCUCCUCCGACUGAGCUGGAUCCUCCAGAGACUGAGUCCCUAAGGUCUAAGGGUUGGAACGCCAGCAACCGGAGGAAGAGCCUGGGAUAGAGCAUAGAGAAACCAAGAGCCACUAGCAGUGACAAAGACCACUGUCAAACACUCCAGGAUCAUCCACCAUUUGACCACUGUCAAAUACUCCAGAACCAUCCACCACUGGACCACUGUCAAAUACUCCAGAACAAAUCCACCACUGGACCACUGUCAAAUACUCCAGCACUGGACCACUGUCAAAUACUCCAGAACCAUCCACCACUGGACCACUGUCAAAUACUCCAGAACAAAUCCACCACUGGACCACUGUCAAAUACUCCAGAACAAAUCCACCACUGGACCACUGUCAAAUACUCCAGAACCAUCCACCACUGGACCACUGUCAAAUACUCCAGCACUGGACCACUGUCAAAUACUCCAGAACCAUCCACCACUGGACCACUGUCAAAUACUCCAGAACCAUCCACCACUGGACCACUGUCAAAUACUCCAGAACAAAUCCACCACUGGACAACUGUCAAAUACUCUAGAACCAUCCAGCACUGGACCACUGUCAAAUACUCCAGAACCAUCCACCACUGGACCACUGUCAAAUACUCUAGAACCAUCCAGCACUGGACCACUGUCAAAUACUCCAGAACCAUCCACCACUGGACCACUGUCAAAUACUCCAGAACCAUCCAGCACUCCUACUGAACACUUGUAGUCCCGGUCAAAUGUAAACUGUCCUCCAAAAAUAAUACUUUUUCACUAAUCAACCUCCCGGAAUAAAUUAUUUUCCCUAUAUAGUAUUGUGGGGAUGAAAAAUAAAAACUGCAUCAUUGUAAUACCUACAAAAUUAGAAUAAAAUAAAUAAUCUA